UAAAAGAUAAAGGAUUCAAGUAAAAAGGGACGUCAAAUUUCAAAACGAGACACUUGCGUUUUGUUUCGCUGCGCCUAGCGUGUAGCUAUUUAGCGCUGCAACGCGCUCGGUCUGAAUGGUCUCGUUGUAUGAACGACCCAGCCUUCCCUGACACAGACUGACAUAAUCUAGCUUACUGAACGCUGGAACUAAGUAUCCUGGUCUUAGUUUGGAGCUAACAUUCAUCGGCAUAGACAAGAUGGGGUGUAAAUUGCUGUGUCUCAUUGUUGUUGCCUUCAUCAUCUGUCUUAUGAGUGAACAUGUCAGAGCGGAAUGUUCACCACCUCGUUUUGGAGAGAAUGUCGUCUUAUCAGACCAAUUUAUCUUGAGCAGUAGUUUCUCUGAUGGAUCCAGCGUAACAUUUGAGUGCGUACGUGGAUAUAUGCCAGUUAACUCGAAAGCAUCCAGAUCAGUGACCUGUUUAGGAAACAAGUGGACAGAUCUGGCCCUCGAUUGCACAAGAAAACCCUGUGGAAGCCUUCCAGAUUUCCCUCAUGGGAGAUAUGAAAUACCUGAUGGUAUUUUAUUUGGCGACACUGUUACAGCAGUUUGUGACAAAGGAUAUUUGUUAAGUGGGCGUGGAAGUCAAAGAACGUGUCGAGCUGAGGGAGUCUGGGAUGGCAGAGAUCCUGUCUGUGAAGCGGUGAAAUGUCCACCACCUCCAGUAGUAGAAAAUGGUCAGCUUGAAGAUGUGCCUUUGGAAAGUUAUGACUAUUUACAAGCUGUCACCUACACAUGUAACCGUGGGUUUACUCUUGUUGGAAAUUCAGCACUUUAUUGUUCUGAAAAUGGAACUUUUCAACCAGCGCCGCCAAAAUGUGUUGAUGGGUGUCCAAAGCCUGAAAUUCCACAUUCAGUUAGAAUUGGUGGAAAAUCACCCCCCUACAAACUAGGUAACUUUAUAAAAUACAAAUGUGAAGAUGGUUAUGACUUGAAAGGAGCAGAUGAAAUUCUGUGCACAGGAAAUGAAUGGGAACCUAAACCACCAAAGUGCAUCUCGCAAUGUUCACCACCUCGUUUUGGAGAGAAUGUCGUCUUAUCAGACCAAUUUAUCUUGAGCAGUAGUUUCUCUGACGGAUCCAGCGUAACAUUUGAGUGCAUACGUGGAUAUAAGCCAGUUGACUCGAAAGCAUCCAGAUCAGUGACCUGUUUAGGAAACAACAAGUGGACAGAUCUGGCCCUCAAUUGCACAAGAAAACCCUGUGGAAGCCUUCCAGAUUUCCCUCAUGGGAGAUAUGAAAUACCUGAUGGUAUUUUAUUUGGCGACACUGUUACAGCAGUUUGUGACAAAGGAUAUUUGUUAAGUGGGCGUGGAAGUCAAAGAACGUGUCGAGCUGAGGGAGUCUGGGAUGGCAGAGAUCCUGUCUGUGAAGCGGUGAAAUGUCCACCACCUCCAGUAGUAGAAAAUGGUCAGCUUGAAGAUAUGCCUUUGGAAAGUUAUGACUAUUUACAAGCUGUCACCUACACAUGUAACCGUGGGUUUACUCUUGGUGGAAAUUCAGCACUUUAUUGUUCUGAAAAUGGAACUUUUCAACCAGCGCCGCCAAAAUGUGUUGAUGGGUGUCCAAAGCCUGAAAUUACACAUUCAAUUAGAACUGGUGGAAAAUCACCCCCCUACAAACUGAACAACUUUAUAGAGUAUAAAUGUGAAACUGGCUAUAAAAUGGAUGGAGACGGUUAUAUUGUGUGUACAGAAAAUGGAUGGAAACCUGAACCAUCAGAAUGCACUAUGGUAAAAUGUCCACAACCUCCAGUAGUAGAAAAUGGUCAGCUUGAAGAUGUGCUUUUGGAAAGUUAUGAAUAUUUACAAACCGUCACCUACAAAUGUAACCGUGGGUUUACUCUUGUUGGAAAUGCAGAACUUCGUUGUUCGGAAGAUGAAACUUUUCAACCAGCGCCGCCAAAAUGUGUUGCACAAUGUUCAAAGCCUCAUUUUGGAGGGAAUGUUGUCUUAUCAGAUGAAUUCCAGUCGACUGUUAGUUUCUCCAAUGGAUCUACUGUAAUGUUUGAGUGUAUAUCUGGAUAUGAGCCAGUUGACUCUACAGCAUCUAAAUCAGUUUACUGUGUGGAAAAGCAGUGGACAGAUCUGCAGCUCAUAUGCAUAGUGGUAAAAUGUCCACAACCUCCAGUAGUAGAAAAUGGUCAGCUUGAAGAUGUGCUUUUGGAAAGUUAUGAAUAUUUACAAACCGUCACCUACAAAUGUAACCGUGGGUUUACUCUUGUUGGAAAUGCAGAACUUCGUUGUUCGGAAGAUGAAACUUUUCAACCAGCGCCGCCAAAAUGUGUUGCACAAUGUUCAAAGCCUCAUUUUGGAGGGAAUGUUGUCUUAUCAGAUGAAUUCCAGUCGACUGUUAGAUUCUCCAAUGGAUCUACUGUAAUGUUUGAGUGUAUAUCUGGAUAUGAGCCAGUUGACUCUACAGCAUCUAAAUCAGUUUACUGUGUGGAAAAGCAGUGGACAGAUCUGCAGCUCAUAUGCAUAGGUCCUCAUAACUCAACACCAGAUCCACAUCAUAGAACUCCGGUAUAUGUUAUAGUGCUAUCAGUACUGGCAGUGAUUAUUGGUUUGUAUAUCUAAACUGUUAAGGAUGAGGUCGCUGGUUCGAUCCCCACAGCCACCACCAUUGUGUCCUUGAGCAAGGCACUUAACUCCAGGUUGCUCCGGGGGGAUUGUCCCUGUAAUAAGGGCUCUGUAAGUCGCUUUGGGUAAAAGCGUCUGCCAAAUGCAUAAAUGUAAAUGUAAAAUUUAUCAAGUAGCAUAUUCCAAUUAAUGAUUUAUGUAAAUAUUUAUUGCUUCUGAAUGAGUGUUGAAAGAUAUUUUUGUUGUUUUUUCUGCAUUGUUAAAUUAAGGCUAUAUUUAUCCACUGUGUAAUUGCAUUUUCUUUUUAUUUCAAAGACAUUAAUUUGAAAUAUAAAUGAAAUGCACAGGCAUUGUGGUAAUACAACAAAAUUGCUCUGAUCAUCCACUUCUUCUGCAUCUUGCAAUGCUGUUGCUCACUCUGUUCUUUGUGGGUCUGGAUAGUCUGCAAAUAAGAUCUCCACAUCAGAACGGAACACUUGGUUUUCAAGUUUCACUUGGGGAGCAUUUUAACAUUGUGCUGUGGCCUUGAACUACUUACUAUAGGCACAUAAUUGCCUCUUCUUUGCAUUUCAUAAGAAUCAAUUUGUUUUCAUAAGAAUCAAUUUUCAGGAUGACUCUGCUAAGCAAGAUACAAAUUUCCAAGAUCAAAUGUCUUGCACUGAAAUUGAUUGUAAUAAAGAAAAUAUAAAAUUGCAAGAUGGGAUUUCCCAUUAUAUUUGAAAUAAAUGUUUCCUCCUCUGAUAACUUUUUUUGUCUUUUAUUAUAAGUCCUGGAAAACCUGUACUUCUCUAAACAAUGUCACUAAAUGGCUAAUUAAAAUGUAAAUUCAGAGGUUUUG